AUGUUAUGGAGCCUGAUCGGAGUGACGGAUAGCUGCUUCUGCCCUAACGCCACCCGGCCUGGUGCUGAGCGUUCUUGUUGUUGCUUCUCCGUGGUCAAGAGGGCAGAGGUGGCCGGAGAAGAAGGAGAUCUGCGGUCAGAUGCUAGGAUUGAUGAGUGUCAGAAACAGCUGCCCAUGCACACUGCCACUCUCUCACACUUGAGAUGUCCUGGGUUGAUCCAGAAUGGGGAAACAAUGCUCAAUGGUGUCUCAUCACAGCCAGCUCUAGCAGGAAGCAGAACAAUUGCAGCGGAACAUGAGCAGCCCAGCACGCUAUCGAGACCGAAAACUCAUCAGAGUGUACUGCAGGUGCAGCAGAGCUGCAGAGGCCUGCUACAGGCCAAUCACUACGACAUGGACAUGAUCCUGAUCAAGCGCAGAGAAAGUGGCGUUCACUGGCAGCAGCUUAUGCUGAGCAUAAAGACCGCCCCAAACUGGUCAAUGCCUCGAACAUCCUUACGAGUUACAGCUGGAAAACCGGUUCUGCACUUGGACCAUGAGAAAGAGAAGGCUGACCAGGUGUCAGCAGGUGGUAUGGUGGUAGGGUUUCAGAAGUCUGUGGUACUGAUGGAAGCUUUUCUGUUCCACAAGCAACGCUUGGUAAUUGAGGAGGGAAGACUCUGUUUGACCACACACUGCUCCGCUCCGUGUACUGACAUAUCUGUAGAGAUGACUAGUGGUGUGGAGGAGAUUCCUCCUGGGAUUGGCUUCAAUAAAGAGUACACAUCAUUUUCUGCAACAUGGCAAGACCUGCACGUAGUUCCAUCACAAAACUGGAAAAAAUAUGAGCAGCUUCCAGAGGACGUGGGUCACUGUUUUAUCACGUGGGAAAUCCAACAGAGACACAGGCUGGCUAAUUCUAUCUCAUCAUACCUUAUUAAACCAGUUCAGAGGAUCACCAAGUAUCAGCUUCUGCUGAAGGAACUAUUGACUUGUUGUGAGGAGGGUAAAGGAGAAAUUAAAGAUGGCCUGGAGGUUAUGCUUAGUGUGCCAAAAAGAGCUAAUGAUGCUAUGCACCUCAGCAUGCUGGAGGGUUUUGAUGAGAACAUUGAGUCUCAGGGUGAGUUGAUUCUGCAGGAGUCAUUCCAGGUUUGGGAUCCAAAGACACUGAUUCGUAAGGGCAGAGAGAGGCACCUCUUCCUCUUUGAGAUGUCUCUCAUCUUCAGCAAGGAUGUCAAAGACUCAAACGGAAGGAGCAAGUAUUUGUACAAGAGCAAGCUCAUGACCUCAGAACUUGGAGUUACUGAACACGUGGAAGGAGAUCCAUGUAAAUUUGCACUCUGGGUUGGACGGACACCUACCUCAGACAACAAAAUAGUACUAAAGGCUUCAUGUAUUGAAAACAAACAGGAUUGGAUUAAACAUGUUCGUGAAGUUAUCCAGGAGCGUACCAUCCAUUUACGGGGGGCGCUCAAAGAGCCAAUCCACAUUCCCAAAACCGCUGCAAGCAAACACAAGGGCAAACGGGAUGGAGAGGACCUAGACAGUCAGGGUGAUGCAAGCAGUCAGCCAGACACCAUCUCCAUCGCCUCGCGCACCUCCCAGAACACACUGGACAGCGACAAGUUAUCCGGUGGCUCGGAGUUGACGGUGGUCAUCCACGACUUCAUGGCCAGUAAUGGAUCGGAGUUGACUGUACGCAGAGGUCAGACGGUGGAGCUGGUAGAAAGGCCCCAGGACAAACCCGACUGGUGUCUGGUUCGCACCACUGACCGUUCACCUGUCCAGGAGGGCCUGGUUCCCAGCUCUAUGCUUUGCAUCGCCCAUUCCCGAAGCAGCAUGGAGAUGGAGGGCAUUUUCAACCAUAAAGACACACUUUCAGUGUCCAGUAAUGAAGGAGGACUUUCGGGCAGUGCCACACUGCAGCCGGCUCAUUUGCAGAGCUCCCCUGGACCAAAACGGCCAGGAAAUACUCUGCGCAAGUGGCUGACCAGCCCUGUCAGACGGCUCAGCAGCGGUAAAGCAGACGGUCACGUGAAGAAACUUGCACACAAGCACAAAAAGAGUCGAGAUGUCCGCAAGAACGCAGACGCCGGCUCACAGAAAGAUUCAGAUGACAGUGCCGCCACACCACAAGAUGAGACCAUAGAGGAGAGGAUGAGAAAUGAAGGAUUGAGCAGUGGCACUCUGUCUAAGUCUUCCUCUUCGGGGAUGCAGAGCUGUGGUGAGGAGGAAGGGGAGGAAGGGCCUGACUCGGUUCCCCUGCCGCCCCCUAUGGCCAUCCAACAGCACAGCCUUCUGCAUCAGGACUCCCAGGAGGACAAGGCUACCUCCCGUCUGUCUGGACGUCCCAGCAGCUCAGAGACACCGAGUGCAGCUGAACUGGUCAGCGCCAUUGAGGAACUCGUCAAGAGCAAAAUGAACCUGGAGGACAGGCCUAGUUCUCUCCCUGUUGAGCGAGGAGAUAGCAGUAGCCCUUCCUGCAAUCCGUCAGAUAACUCACUACUGUCUUCCUCAUCUCCCAUCGAUGAGAUGGAUGAACGCAAGACUGGCUUCCUCAAGAGACGACACUAUGUACUGCUGGAACUUGUGGAGACAGAGAGAGACUAUGUGAGAGACCUUGGUGCAGUCGUGGAGGGGUACAUGAGCAGGAUGAAAGAGGAUGGUGUACCCGACGACAUGAAGGGCAAAGAUAAGAUCGUCUUUGGCAACAUUCACCAGAUUUUUGACUGGCAUAAAGACUUCUUUCUUGGUGAACUAGAGAAGUGCUUGAAGAGACCAGAUAGACUCGCGCCCCUGUUUAUAAGACAGGAACGGAGACUGCACAUGUACAUUGUCUACUGCCAAAACAAGCCCAAAUCAGAGCACAUUGUUUCAGAGUACAUCGACACUUAUUUUGAGGAUUUAAAACAGAGGUUGGGCCACAGGCUACAGAUCACAGAUCUACUGAUUAAACCAGUGCAGCGGAUCAUGAAAUACCAGCUUCUUCUGAAGGAUUUUCUCAAGUUCUCCAAAAAGGCUGGAUUGGACACUAUAGAAUUAGAGAAAGCUGUAGAGGUGAUGUGUGUUGUUCCAAAACGCUGCAAUGACAUGAUGAAUGUUGGACGCCUCCAAGGAUUUGAUGGGAAAAUUGUAGCCCAGGGAAGACUGCUUCUCCAGGACACCUUCUUGGUCUCCGACCAGGAUGGUGGUCUCCUUUCCCGCAUGAAAGAGAGGCGUGUCUUUCUCUUUGAGCAGAUAGUUAUCUUCAGUGAACCUCUGGAUAAAAAGAAGGGCUUCUCUAUGCCAGGCUAUUUGUUUAAGAACAGCAUAAAGGUCAGUUGGUUGGGUCUAGAAGAGAGUCCUGACAAUGACCCUUGUAAGUUUAUUUUGACCUCAAGGUCAUCCACUGGCAGUUCAGAGCACUAUGUCCUCCAUUCCUCCAACCGGGCGGUUUGCCUCACCUGGAUCCAGCAGAUCAGCAGCAUCCUGGAGAACCAGAGAAACUUCCUCAAUGCACUGACUUCACCCAUUGAAUACCAACGGAAUCAUGUUGGGGCAAGCGUUCUGGGUGGACCCAGCAGCAGUGGACUUCCGGGGGGUAGCAGCAGCUCUGCCAUGGGUUCCAGCUGUGGCUCUCGGUCCCGAGGUUCCCGAAUCCCUCAACCUUCUUCUCGUCUCCCUCAACCCGUGCAGCACCACCACGCCCCCGCCCCAGAUGACCGCACUUCAGGUACGUGUCCUCUUCCAGACCAGGACCUAAACGGUGAGGUCCCUAGGAUGCGGGUCCUGGAGAGCCCCUUGAAGGAGCUACGCGAAGAAGCACCCAUUCCAAGAGCCACAGUUGCACCCCUGUCUCUCACCCUAACAAAGCCCCGUCUCAGAGUCCCUUCGCCAAUUCUCUCCCCCUUGAACCCUCAGAACUUUUCAGUCCAGAAGGGCUCCCCGUUUUGGGCCUCAGUGCCAGUCUCACCUACUGGCAGGCCUGGCUCUUACACAGAGCAGAGUGACACGUUGAGUCGCAACCAGUGUCAGACUCGCAGGCACUCCACCCACAGUAAGGAGUUGGACCGCAUCAGUACUUGCUCCUCCACCAGUGAGCAGUCCCUGCAUUCCACUCACAGCAAUGGGAGUGAAAGCAGCAGCAGCAGCAGUGUGUCAACCAUGUUGGUGACCCAGGACUAUGUGGCUCUAAAAGAAGAUGAGAUCAGCGUGUAUCAAGGAGAGGUUGUGCAGAUAUUGGCCUCUAACCAGCAAAACAUGUUUCUAGUUUUCCGUGCCGCCACAGAACAAGGCCCAGCAGCCGAGGGCUGGAUCCCCGGCUACGUUCUGGGUCACACCUCCAUCAUCAUUCCCGACUACCCCGAUGGAACCCUCAAGAAGUCCUCAUCGUGGCACACAGCUCUACGCAUCAGACGAAAGUCUGAAAAGAGAGACAAAGAGGGCAAGAAAGAAAGCAAACCAGAGAAUGGCUAUCGCAAGUCUAGAGAUGUAUCAGCCAAUAAGGUUUCUGUAAAGCUUUUGAACCCCAACUACAUUUAUGAUGGUAACAGUUCCCCAGAGUUCGUAGUCCCCCUGAGUGAGGUGGUGUGCGACAGGGGCGACAGUGUAACUCUCCGCUGUAAGAUCUGUGGGCAGCCCAAAGCCUCGGUCUGUUGGAGAGGGCCUGACCAGAGCACUCUCAGCACUGGAGGAAGAUACACACUCACACACAGUGAGACAGGGGAAGUGACCCUCCGUAUCUCACCUGCCUCUCUGGAUGACAGCGGCAGCUACACCUGCAUCGCCUCUAAUGACGUGGGCUCAGUGACAUAUCAGCCUAGCCUACCUCAGGGCACGUCCUGUGACGGGAUCCUCUGGAAGGAUAACUUUGAGUCCCACUACACUGAAGUCAUGGAAUUGGGGAGAGGCAGGUUUGCUGUCACUAAGUGGUGUGAGCAAAGAGGAAGCAGGCAAUCGGUGGCCGCUAAGCUAGUAAAUAAGAAGCUAAUGCGUCGAGAGCAGGUGGUUCAGGAGAUGGGUGUCCUACAGUGUCUUCAGCAUCCUCACUUGGUGGGCCUGCUGGACACUUACGAGACCCCAGCCAGUUACGUCCUCAUCCUGGAGAUCGCUGAUCAAGGUCGUCUCCUGGACUAUAUUGUAAGCUGGGGGAACCUAACAGAAGAAAAGGUGUCUCUUUAUCUACGGGACAUUCUGGAAGCUUUACACUACCUUCACACAUGUAGGAUUGCUCAUCUUGACUUGAAGCCCGAGAAUGUAUUAAUCGAGCAAACGUCAACCCAGCCUCUAGUCAAACUGACGGACUUCGGCGAUGCGGCCCAUCUCUCCAACACGCCGUACAUCCACCCUCUGCUGGGCAGCCCAGAGUUCUCCGCCCCUGAGCUGGUUCUAGGUGAGCCCGCGGCUCUGACCUCUGACCUCUGGAGUCUAGGCGUGCUGGCGUACGUGAUGCUCAGCGGGGCGUCCCCUUUCCUGGACGAGAGUGUCGAGGAGACCUGUCUGAACAUCUGCCGCCUCGACUUCAGCUUCCCGGAGGACUACUUCCGCGGGGUGAGUCCGGCCGCGCGGGAUCUGCUAUGCGUCCUGCUCCGAGGCGAGCCGUGCAGACGUCCCUCUGCGCAGGUCUGCCUGCGAGAGCAACCGUGGCUGCAGCCCAACGCAGCUUCCGGAGCAGCUCGCCUCGACACUUCCAGACUCAUCUCUUUCAUAGAGCGGAGGAAACAUCAGAACGACCUGCGACCCGUGGCCAGUUUCCGAGCAUUCCUGCACAGCCGCCUGCUCAGCCAGAGCUGAGAGAAACGUAAAAGUGCAAAUCUCGUUCUCCUGCAGUCCUGAGUAGGAUAUCGAGGAGAGUAUAGGUUGCUGAUAUAUGCUGAAAUCUUCUUUUAGAGUCAUUCUGAAACGGUUCUGGGUCUCUAUUACUGUAACUGCUGCUGACAAAAACUCUGAAGUUCCCUUUUCCAUCCCUUCUAAACUCAUUUCUGCUACACGUACAUGUUUUCUCUUUGUAUGGACAAAACUCACAAGAAAAAUGUGAAUUAAGAAGGGGGGAUUCUUUUAAAGUUUUUUUUUUUUUUUUUUAUUCCCCCGAGCCAGAAAGUUUUAGCCUCAUGUUCGGACAGUAUUUCAAGUAUUUCAGGUUGUUUCAGUGGAGUACUGUAAUUUGAAUAGCUAUAUUCAGGAAAGAUUACGUUUUGUACAAACCAUGUAUAGAAGCACAGUAAAGAUGAUAUCUUUAUCCUGAACGUUUUGGAGUAAAAAAAAAAAGAAAAAGAAAAAAGCUUAUUUAAACGGGAGUAAUAUCGGUUACGCUAUGGCAUUCAUCUCAAGUCCCACGUUUGAUAAACGUACAGUCAUAUUGGACAUUGAUCAUACGAAAUAAAAACGACUUUUAACAGCUGCAACUCUUUCGGACGGGAAGUAGAAAAUAAGCUUUUGAUUUCAACUCGCAUCUGUCUUAUCAGCCUUAUGUUGUAAAUAAACUGGACCUGCCUUCAUUCGUGUUCAUUUGCAGUGUUUCAAAUGCUUUUUCACCGGCCGCUCAUGACUUUCAACUGACCAGUUAGAAUAUACAAGCCGGCGAGCCGGCGAAGGCAGGAAGCGUCAGAUACCACAGCAAACGUGCACUCUUUGUAAUUUGUUGAAAUGUGCAAUGUUGGGGCUUUAACAUUUUGCAGCUAUUUAUAAUGAUUCGUGUUAAAUCAGCAUUGUUAAGUACGUGUGUUGGCCACCGCGAGUUGAGAUAUGACGUGUCCGUGACUCUUUUGCUGAGUUUUCUGUGUUCAGUAUUAUUUUGUAAGCUUAAGCCUCAUUGGUGAAAAAUGGUUCGUGUCUGUCACGCAUUUGUUACGAAUGUCGUUAUUUUCAUCGUUAUACCAAAGUUACUCCGUACGUACCUAAAUGCUACUUCUUUUCCCUUUUUGGUGGUUAUAAUUUGUAACAAUAAGUUAUGAAUGCAGUUCUGACUCCUGGAGCAGGAGUACGCUUGUAUCGAUUGUUGAUUUAUUUAUUGUGUCUUGUUCGGUUUUUGUUAAUCGAAGUUAACUGAAGUAGUGCUUCAUAUUGUCCGAUUAUUAGGAAUUUUAAUUUCCACAUCUGCUCAUUGUGGCAGUAGUCCGUCAAUGUAAGUUUGCAUGACUAAACGACAAGAAUUAUUCUGUUUUCAGUUCACGUCGUUUUAAAUACAAUGAGAUGAAUCGUUCCCCUUGUAAUGUUUUUGCUGUACAGGGAGAAAGUAUGAAGCGAAUUGCCUCUAAAUUGUGGGUUGAAGUUUAAGAGGGAAGUUGCAGUGCUCCGAUAAUUCAAAAAUAACUAAUGUCAACUAAAAGCGAUUGCAAUUAUUGCCGAAUAUAAAGGAGUUUUAUUUAAAUGUUGUUUUAUUUAAGUCAGUUUCUCAUAAUGUAUAGAUGUACAGACACCAUUAAAAAAAAAAAACCUGGACGUAGCGACACCUGUUUUUUACAUAAUGUCAUUUUGAAUGUUUUUGACUCUAUAUUAAUUUUGCACGUAUAGUAUUUCUUUGUACAGAAACCAUACAUGUUCGCACGUUACGUGCUGUACAUAAGUUACUUUACCCUCGGUUAUUUUUGAGAUUAAACAUUGAAACAUUUUA